AUGUCUGCCCAGGGAAAAGCCAACGGAAGUGCUGUGAAGGGCUCGGCUUUAGCGGUUGCUGGUGGACCCCCAAGCGCCGCUACUGAAACGAACGGCGUGCAAGUCUACGAGCUGACCCUGGCAGACGAUGGUUCGCCGUCUCCAGGUGCAGGAGUAAGUCUCGCUUUUACGGCGACUUGGUUCCUGGUAUUGAUGUGACCUGCUAACCCGGCACCUUUGCGCUCGUCCCAAGUACAUUCGCUUGCCUGCUCCUCAUCAGCCUUACGCCCUUCGAUUCUCGAUUGAAGCGGGCAGUCUUGCGUCAAAAGAUGGCAGUUUGUGGACCAAUUUGCCGCCUGAUGGCACAGCAUUCGACCGAAAGAAGUUUUGGGAACACAAGUGAGUGCUGCAGGGAGCGAGUGAAGCGCUCGAGGGGAUGCUGGUGCGAGGUAUGCCCCUCAGUGGAUCAAGAUCCGUUGCUCAUCCCAAGCCACACGUCACACCCCCGCAGGCUACCGAGCGACUUCAGCAAGGCCAUCUCCGUCACCUUGUGGAUAACUAGAGCCGGAGCUUUCGAGUUCUUUGUGAGCCACGCGCCGGCUGUUCCUGCAACACCAUAUCCCACCAAGAAUGCUCCUCAUCAAGCUCCUCCAGCCGAGAAUGCCGCUCGAGUGGAAUCCAGUCGCGGCUACUUCAAUGUCGAUCCGGUAUUGAAGUUGCCCAGUCGCUCUCCGAUUCUGUCAGCGGACAGGUAUCCUCUAGACGUUGGAAAGGGAGGUCAGCUCGGCCCAGUCGCGCCCAUCAGCCAAGAUGGUCUUGUUGUGCAGAGCUUCAUCGCCAAGUGGGCCGGCUCCUUGAGCACUUGGGCACCGCAUCUCGCUUACGCUCGGGACAGCGGCUAUAAUAUUAUCCACUACCCUCCCCUUCAGGUCAGAGGCAGUUCCAAUAGCCCUUACUCCAUUGCGGACCAGAACGACUUUAGCGCUGAUCUCUUCGAUGGCAACAGCGGACCUGCCAAGACGUUGGACGAGAGGAGGAAGACUGUACAAAGUAACCUCUCUCAGAUCAAAACGACUUAUGGUCUUGGAAGCAUCAUUGACGUGGUGCUCAAUCAUACCGCCAACAACUCUGAGUGGCUCAAUGCGCAUCCGGAAGCUGGUGAGUGUUGGAAUGAGGCAGGUGCGCAUUCGCAUCUCACUCACAGCCCCAAUCGCAUGCACCACACAGCGUACAGCCCCGCCAACUCGCCUCAUCUCACUCCGGCUGAAGAGCUGGACCGGGCUUUGUUGGACUUCUCAGCACGUCUCACUGAGCUUGGCCUACCAACAGACCCUUCAGACGCAUCUGACGUGGACGCCAUCAUAGAGGGUGUCAGGCAGCACGUGCUCACUCCCCUCAAGCUGUGGCAGUACUACGUUGUAGAUGUCCAAGCAGAGUUGAGGGCGCUGGAGGAGGCAUGGGACAAAGAUGCCAGCUCAAGCACUUCAUCGCGAAUUGUUCGGUCGUACGGCAAUGACUCCCUUGACGGCAAAGGGUUGAGUGAGGCUACCGAGCUUCUUCGAUCUCACGCCCUGCGGAACCGAAUGGCUCUUGCAGAGAGAUAUACUACGCAUUUCGAUGUGGCCACUGCGCUUGCAAUCCUCAAGACAUUAGCCAGCAAUGAUGGCGCUUCUAAGCAACAAGCACUUGAUGCUCUCAAGUCUGCGGCAGAUGCCGUAAACGUAGACUUUUACAGCGCCUACGACGAUGACACCAAGGCGAUCAUCAGCAAUCUCAAGGGUCGGCUGACCUACCAGCGCGUUGAAGCUGGUGGUCCAAAGUUGGGGCCGAUCACCAAAACGUGCGUGUUUCUCCCGUCCAGUUGCGUCAUGAGACGCUCGAAAGCUGACUUGACAGCUGUGCCUGCUCUUGAUGCCCAAAGAGCUCCCUUUUGUGAGCCAUACUUUACGCGCCUGGAUCCGAAGCAUCCUAAGAUUGCGAGCAAAGAUCCCAAAGUGUUGGCUCUCGCACACAAUGGAUGGAUCUGGGCCGCAGAUCCUCUGAGCGACUUUGCCUCCUCCUCAUCUCGAGUGUACCUUCGACGAGAGGUAAUCGCGUGGGGCGAUUGUGUCAAGCUUAGAUACGGCGCAAAGCCCGCUGACUCGCCCUUUUUGUGGAAGCACAUGGAAGCCUAUUGCUCAAGUCUUGCUGGCAUUUUCGAUGGCUUUAGGAUCGACAAUUGUCACUCGACGCCCAUCCACGUUGGCGAACAUUUCUUGGACGUGGCACGCAGGGUCAAUCCGAACUUGUACGUUUGCGCAGAGCUCUUUACCGGUUCUGCGGAGACGGAUACGUACUUCGUCAGUCGUCUCGGUCUCAACAGUCUGAUCAGAGAGAUGGACAAUGCGCACGAUCCAAAGGAGGAAUCACGACUGCUGUACCGAUUCGGCGUGAAUAAGCCAAUCGGAUCCAUGGACACCGACUGUUUGGCCUUUGCAGACAAUGUGACCCUGCCAGGCUCCGGCGGCAAGGCACAACCCGCCACAGUGACUCCUCUGCGCGGCUCAAGCCCACAUGCGCUCUUUAUGGAUCUGACUCACGACAACGAGACUCCGUCUCACAAGAGGACAGCCGAGGAUGCAAUCACCAUGGGCGCCCUCGUCGCGUUCUCUUGGUCUGCCAUCGGCUCCACUCGAGGGUUUGACGAUCUCUAUCCGAACCUGUUGGAUGUGGUCACGGAGAAGCGAAAGUACAACGUUGUCGAACAGAUAGACGACAAGAGUGGCAUUGCUGCUGUCAAGCGCGUUUUCAACCACCUGCACACCGAGAUGGUGCAUGAGAAUUAUCAGGAGGGUCAUUCGCAUCAAGAAAAUGAUGUGAGCAUCAUUGACUGGAUGGCAUUGCAACGAAGACUGAGAAGCUGAGACACCCUUCGUGACAGUACAUUAUGAUGCAUAGAGUGCACCCACAGACGCAUAGAGGCUACCUUGUCGUCACGCAUACGGCAUUCAACAAAGGCGGCGAUCGUGGUCGAGGUCAAAGUAAGUGGACCGAGUGAUCCACAUCGGGUGCCAAGUGCGUCGUUGACACUUCACCUACUCGCAUGUUACUGCUGAAGUCAACCCAUUCAAGCUUAACAGGACAAAGCUGCGGUAUAUCUUCGGCAAGAGCCUUCAAGUCACAUCGACGACUCCUGUCAAGGAUGACAAGGUGCUGCGAGGGCUGCCAUCCACGCUCGUCGAUGUGCCUGCUCCAGCUCUGCAGGCGGGGAGCGACGGCGAUGGGUCGUACACAGAGGUGAUCAUUCCUGACAACUUCCCACCUGGAAGUGUCAUGCUCUUUGAGACCUGGAUGGAGGGCUUAGAUGCGAAGCUUGACAAUCUCGUUUCGAGUGGCGCAAGCGAAGCGAUGGCUGAGCUGGACCUCGUUUCGCUAAAUGUGGUCUUGUACCGGGCCGAUGGGGAGGAGCGCGAUGUUACCGGCGGCAACGACGGAACUUAUGCCGUGCCGGGACACGGCUCUCUCGUGUAUUGCGGACUAGAGGGUUGGCAAGCGCCGCUCCGAGAUAUCGUCAAAAACAACGAUCUUGGUCAUCCCUUGUGCGCCCAUCUCCGUGAUGGACCUUGGGCUCUGGACUAUCUCCACGAUCGACUGGAGCGGUGAGUCAAGCGUCAUACCGCUUAUUGCUGCAUUUGAGCCCCGAGCUGACUUCGAUGUCGACAUGUGUAGCCAAAGGUCGAUCUUCCCCCAGCUCAGAAAACCCACUGCGUGGUUCAAGGAGCGCGUGGAUGCCAUCAAAGCGGCUUCGCCCUCUUUCAUGCGUCCGAAGUACCUCGCCCUCCUCGUGACACGGGCGUACCAGGCUGCAAGAGCACACGCGUUGAAGCAGAUGGUACCCUUCGUUCGAGAUGGUCAUGAUUUCACGAAAGCCCUCGCACUGUGCGCAGUGCAGAUGAAUGGUCAGGUCAAAUCAGCAUCGCUGUGGCACGAUCGACCGAGCGCUUCAAUGGCGGCAGGUCUGCCGUUCUUUGCUGCUGGCUGGGCACGUUGCUGGGGUCGAGACGUUUUCAUCUCGCUUCGCGGCCUCUACUUGGUCACGGGAAUGUACGAAGCUGCGCGAGAACACAUCCUGUCAUUUGGCUCCACGCUGUACAACGGCAUGAUUCCCAACCUGCUCAACUCGACAACCAACCCGCGAUACAAUUGCAGGGAUGGCGCUUGGUUCUUUGCUCAAAAUGUGCAAGAUUAUGUCAAGAUGGUGCCGAAGGGCGAGGCCAUACUGCAAGAGCGUGUCAAACGCCGUUUCCCACCCGGAGACAAGUGGGUGGAGCUAGACUCUCCAGAAGCAUUCAAGCACGAAAACACAGUCGCGGAGUUGCUGCAGGAAAUCCUUCAACGCCACGCCACUGGCAUCCAUUUCCGAGAACACGAUGCCGGACCAAAGGUCGAUGAGCACAUGCGCGACGAAGGCUUCAACAUCGACGUUGAGGUGGACUGGCAGACUGGCAUCAUCUUCGGAGGCAAUGAAUGGAAUUGCGGCACCUGGCAGGACAAAAAUGGCAGCUCCACAAAAGCUGGCAACCGGGGCUAUCCGGGAACACCUCGAGAUGGCGCGGCUGUCGAGAUUACUGGGCUGUUGAAGAGCACUCUGUCAUGGAUCGCCUCGUUGUCAAAGGAGGGCAAAUGGCCUGCAAAGGGUGUCGAAGCUAUCGUCGGGGGCAAGAAGUUAGUGGUGACGUAUGCGGAUUGGGCGGCGCUCGUCCAGAAGAGCUUUGAAAAGUGCUACUGGAUUCCUCUAGAUGCGCAAGAAGAUGGUGCUUUCCGUGUCGACCACAACCUGGUCAAUCGUAGGGGAAUCUAUAAGGACGUAUUCGGUAGCGGCAAAGGCAGAGAAUGGAGCGAUUAUCAACUGCGAGGCAACGUUCCAAUCGCGAUGUGUGUUGCUCCAGAGCUCUUCACUCCAGAAAAGGCCUUGACGCACCUGCAAGCUGCCGACAACGUUCUCCGAGAUGUCCUCGGUAUGCGGACACUCGAUCCAUCGGACCGCAACUUCCGCCCUGACUACGACAAUUCGAAUGACUCGGAUGACUUCUACGUUGCGCAGGGGCACAAUUACCAUGAGGGUGAGUGAUCGAGCAAGAGAUAGCGACGGCGAUUGCGCUGAGCUCAUCAUGAACCGCAUCUCUGCUGCACUUCAGGGCCGCCCUGGGUCUGGCCAGUUGGCUUCUUCUUGCGAGCGUACGUGAUCUUCGAUCUAGCAGCAGGCGUCGGACACACGCGUCCGAAAGAGACGCAUCAUCGCGUAAUGGCUAUGACAACGGCACAUCGAGAAUUUAUCAAGCAGAGCCCUUGGGCUGGCCUCCCUGAGCUCACCAACCAGAAUGGACGAGACUGUCCGGAUAGCUGCAAGACUCAGGCUUGGAGUGCUUCUUGUCUUCUAGAUGCGCUCGAGGAGCUGGAUCGUCGUCAGAAAUGA